AUGCAACGAAUAGCUUCAUUACCCCGCAAGACAACAUUGUCCUCGUCCUUUAUUUCCUCACGCCGGUAUCAUGACUUUCUUCGCUUCUCUACCCCAGGCGGCGCUGGUCGUGUACCACUCCAUUCCCCCACCAUCAUAGGCGUGGCAUCGUCAAGAGGUACUCGCGGUCACCAGGAAGACUACUAUUCUUUUGCAUCAUUACUCUUGGAUCCUGAAGGGCUACGCGCAAGCUUGAAGAAAACACUAGGCAUCGACUGGGCGCCGAAAAACAUAAGUGAUCCGUUAACACGUCAGGUAGUCUUUGUCGGCCUUUACGAUGGACAUGGCGGAUCCACCGUUUCUCAAUUUUUGCGCCAGGAGUUACAUGGCUUAUUCGAAUCCGUCGACAAGGCUCACAUCCCAGAGUUAUAUUUGUGGAUCAAGGACCAAGGAGGCUAUUUCAAGAGGUUCCGCGGGGGUGCCCUUGCUCCCUGGAUAAAUCAGUCAAACGGAACCCCUCCGCUAGAUCUCGAGGCACGUGCUACCCAGGCAUUCUUCGAAGUUGACCGCCUCCUCUCUAUUGAGAGUGAAGCCAGAACAUGUGGAGCGACAGCGUCCGUGGCAAUUCUGCACUCCCUUGAUACCCGCCCGUUCUUCUCGUCCACAAAACUUGUUUUGACAGUCGCUCAUGCGGGCGAUGCUCGAGUACUCCUUUGUGGUACCAACGACUGUCUUGCUCACCCGAUGACCGAGAAUCAUCACCCCGAUACCCUUAUGGAGGCCGCACGUCUACGACGUAUGAUGGGCUCAUCACUUAUCACCGAUUCGUUCGGUGAGUCUCGCUGGAUGGGUGCUCUUGCAAAUACGAGAGCCCUCGGAGAUCUCAAGUGGAAGCCAUACGGCAUAACUCCGGAACCAGAUGUUCGAACCAUGCUCUUGGAAGGCACGAAGUGGGCCUACAUGAUCAUCGUCUCGGAUGGUGUAUCAUCUAUACUAUCGGAUCAAGAAAUAGUGGACGUUGCCCGUGGUGCACCCAGCCCAAAGAAAGCUGCCGACCAAAUUUUAUCGUACUCUGAAGAGUUGGGUGGCGAAGACAAUGCAACAGUUGUAGUCGUACCCUUGUCUGGUUGGGGACAGAUUAAAGGGCCUGACAGGACUCGCGCACUUCGCGAGUAUCGAAGCGAGCAAGCGGUUGGAAGCGAGCGACAGAGGAGAAUGUGA